GAUGUCAAAAAUGAUGACUUGCAAAUCAUUCCCUUAAGUUGCAGGGAAAAAUCCGUGAAAAUGUCGCUCUCAAAGCGCUCUAAAUUUGAUUUGCCGUUGGGCAAAAUGGAUCUGCUCAAUGAUACAAAGGGCAUUGAAAAUCUACUGAAGUCGGAGGGCAUCACGACCUAUGAACCGGGUGUAGUAGAAUUGCUGCUUAACGAGGGUUACUCGUUGAUCAAGGAUGAAUUGUUGAAUCGCAAGAACCGCACGGAAUUGGCCAAGGCCUGUGGCAACAUUUACCCGUCCGCAGCUGCAGCGGCCAUGGAUACCGGCACUUUGCCCCAGGAAUGGUUACCAAAAAGUGAUAAUGAGGUUGUGGAUUUGACUUUGGAUUCAGUUUCCGAUCAAAAUUGA